CGGCGCGAAGCCCUCCAAAGCUGCAACUCGGGGGCCCGCGCGUUGCCACCGUAGCAACGGUAAGACGGAAGUGCGUCUCCAGCCGGAGCCCGGCGUCCGAGCAGAAACAGUGCUCUUCCUGGGGCACUGACCCGGUACCUUCGCGCCUUGGCGGCUUCGGGCUUCGAUGCCCGGAGCUAAGACGGAGCACCCUCGCCUGGUGUUGAUGUUGAAUAGCUUUCUUAGCAUCUGAAGAUGGCCGUACCUAAGGACGCCAUCCCGUCCUUGUCGGAAUGCCAGUGCCAGAUCUGCAUGGAAAUCCUAAUCGAACCCGUAACCUUUCCUUGUAACCACACGCUCUGUAAUCCGUGCUUCCAGUCGACUGUUGAAAAGGCAAAUUUAUGCUGUCCCUUCUGUCGUCGCCGGGUCUCCUCGUGGACCCGGUACCAUGCCCGAAGAAAUUCUCUUGUCAAUAUGGAACUGUGGGAGAAAAUUCAAAAAUACUACCCAAAAGAAUGCAAGCUUAGAGCCUGUGGACAAGAAUCAGAGGAAAUCGUUGAUGACUAUCAGCCAGUUCGUCUAUUGAGUAUACCUGGGGAACUGAGAAGAGAAUAUGAAGAGGAGAUAAGGAAGGUGGAGGCAGAGCGACGAGCCAAUGAGGAAGAAGAAAACAAAGCCAGUGAAGAAUAUAUACAGAGGUUAUUGGCAGAGGAAGAAGAAGAGGAAAAAAGGCAAGCAGAAAAAAGGCAAAGAGAGGUGGAAGAACAACUGAAAAGUGACGAAGAACUGGCAAGGAGACUAAGCAUUAAUAUUAACAAUUUCUGUGAGAGAAGUAUCUCGGUUUCUCCCUUGAAUUCAAAAAAAUCUGACUCAGUCACAAUCAAGUCACAAAAGCAAAAUAAGAACCAAAGAAACGCUGGAGAUAUUCAGAAGUAUUUGUCGCCUAGAUCUCAGUUUGGGUCUGCAUCACAGUCUGAAGUUGUACAAGAAGACAGGAAAGGCACCAUGUCUACGGAAAUUGACACUAUAGAUUUGACAAGCCCUGUGUGGCAAGACACAGAAGUUGAAGAAGAUAUGCCAACGCUGUCUCCGCAAAUAUGCCUUGAAAUUGAAGAAUGGGGUGCAAAGUCUUCAGUAGAGUCACCUAUGCCUCAGUUAAGUGCCUGUGAUUCAGAAUGGUGCCUUGAAGGAGAAGUCAAAACAAGACCAAACAAUCAUGAAAAAAAGUUAUGUAUGGUAAAUCAUGAGGAACCUACAACCAGAGUUCCUUACUCUAGAGAGGUUGCUGUUAAGCCUGGUGGCAAAACAGAGAGUGGGCUCAGUGUAUCUGAUAUGACAGAGAUUACUGGAAACAGCACAGUAGAGACAAAAAAUGAAGAGACUAGCCUACUGACAAGUAGUAAUGAUAUUUCCAAAAGAAAAAACCAGGAGUCUUCCUCUGAAGCAGUUAAGGAUCCAUGCUUUUCUGCAAAAAGAAGGAAAAUAUUCCCCCAAACUUCCUUAGACCAAGAGGAAACAGAAACCAACUUUACCCAGAAACUGAUAGAGUUGGAACAUCUACUUUUUGAGAGACAUAAACAAGAAGAACAGGACAGGUUAUUAGCAUUAGAACUUCAGAAAGAGGUGGAUAAGGAACAAAUGAAGCUAAACCGUCAAAAAGGAUCCCCAGAUGAAUAUCAGUUACGAGCUACAUCGUUUUCUCCAGACAAAUUACUCAAGGGACAGAAGAAGAAUUCCAAAGAUAGGAACUUCAAGAGACAAACUGAUACGGAACAUUCAAAAUCGUGGAGAGGGUCAGGAGAUGAAAACUGGCAACCUUCUUUUAAGAUCCAGUUGAAACAUUCAGUUACUGUUAACGGAAAAAGGAUGCCAAAUUCCACUGGAGAUCGUUGUAAUGUAUCUAAAAGUGCCCAUUCCCUACAGCCUAGUAAUUCACAGAAAAGUAUUUUUCAAAUGUUUCAGAGAUACAGAAAGUAAUGCAUGGGCUAAGGGUAUGUUUUGGGAUCUAGUAAAGCUGGAUCUCUUUACAGAUAAGUUUUCUCUGUGGGUGUGUACCCAUUGUCCUUAGUUAAAGGACUCUAUGAUUACAAGGAAAGAAUAUAAGAAUGUGUUUCUGCAAAGCUCAGUGAUUAGCAAGGGUCCCAGUUCUUUCCAUUAUUAAUAACUGUCAUGUACUAAGAUUGAUAAUCCUUAUAUAGAUAUAAAAAUGCUUUUGUCAACUCCAAGAAAUCUUCAAGUGCCAUUCUUUCCAAAAAAUGCAUGUUGAUGGACUUUGCUUACCUUUUUGUCAUGACUAGUAAUCAGAGCAAGACUGUACUAUACUAAGUAGUUAAGGAACCCAAGCAGGGCUUACAACUAAGUUUUCUUGCUAUGUUCCCAUAUAUCUACAAAGCACAUGAACUACAUCUUCCAUCACACUAAAGUAAUCUAACUUCCAUCUUCGCUUUAAAUUUAAAGCCUUACAGCAUUUUCUUUGACUUAGAAUGUAUUAGGAUCAGCGUCAAACCAGAGAAUCAGAAUCUCCUGGAAAAUCGGACAUUACCUGACAAAAAGGAAACUAGACUCUCGAUGCAGAGGAGUUAAGAGUUGGGGUGAGGCUGGGUGGGGUAGGCUGACAUUUUGGGAGUAUUGGAUCUGAAUGAGCCAUCAGAGACUUGGUCCAGGAUGGAUAGCAGGUGUAACUGGCGGAGCAGUCUCCCUUGUCCUUUGUUUGCCGAAAGGAUUUGAGUUUUUGCAGCUUUUCACACAAUAGUGUCUGGUGUGAAAAUCAAAAUUAGUUACAACUCAGUUACUUGAAUUUUUGAAAAUUGACAUUUCUGUUAACCUUCUGUUCCAGAAAAGAUGGUAUUGUACUGAAAGAGUUAUGUCACAAUACCCUGUGUUGGGAAACCUGUGAUGUAACCACGUGUUUAUUUCCUUAUAUUAUCAUUUGUAUUGAUUCUGACUAUAGGGUCACUAUGAGUCGGAAUCGACUCAGUGGCAGUGGGUUUGGUGGUUUGGGUUUAUUUGUGUUUAUGGAUAAAAACAGAAGGUAUAAUACUUGGGUUUUACCCUGUCUUACCCCUAAAAGGCAGUGAUUUCAUUUUGGGAAAUUUAAAACAUAGACUGUUAAUGCUUUUGUUUCAUUAAUAUGAACAACUUUUGCAAACAAAUAGCGGCCUUAACAGCAUUUCUCCUGAUGUCUACUUAGCCGUCUAGUUCAUAGAAAAAUAAAAUCUCCUAGAGCUGACUCUCGCUUAAAUCUGUCAGUAUUUUUAUAUAUUGUUAAGCAUUUUCCCUUCAAAUUUUGUAAUUGAAAUUCUCUUAAUCUUUGCAUACUUGACAGAAUUUGCUUCAAUAUUGAUUGGGUAAUAAUAAUGCUAAUUUAAAAUUUUGUUUGCUCUGUCUCAAAAAAACAAUAAAUAAAAAAGUGAUUGCCCUCUAAAUAAA